AUGUCGGUUAUUCUUUGCACAGCGGGUUACGACCACACAAUUCGUUUCUGGGAAGCGCUAUCAGGAAUCUGCUCGCGCACGAUCCAGCAUCCUGAUUCUCAGGUGAACCGAUUGUGUAUUUCACCAGACAAACGAUUUCUCGCCGCGGCGGGCCACCACACCGUCAAACUCUACGACAUCAAAUCGACGAAUCCCAACCCGCUUCUGACUUUCGAGGGCCACACGGGGAACAUCACGGGCGUCGCCUUUCACUGCGAGGGGAAAUGGAUGGUGACGAGCUCCGAAGAUGGGACGGUCAAGAUCUGGGAAACACGAUCGGGAACAAUUCAACGAAGCUACAACCACGGAUGCCCGGCGAAUGACGUCGUGAUACACCCUAACCAGGGUGAAAUAAUUAGCUGUGACAGGUCGGGCAGCGUGCGGGUUUGGGAUCUGGCCGAGAACAACUGCUCACAUGAACUCAUCCCCGAGGAAGAUGUGUCCGUGUCGAGUGUGACGGUUGCCAGCGACGGGUCCCUCCUCUGCGCGGCAAAUAACCUGCAGGGCAACGUAUUUGUCUGGCAGCUGGUGCAGACCUACGACCGUACCCAACUCUUGCCGGUCACCCAGUUCAACGCCCACAAGGAAUGCAUCACUCGGAUCCUACUCUCCCCCGACGUCAAGAAGCUGGCGACUUGCAGCGCCGAUCAUACCGCCAAGAUCUGGGAGGUUACCGACACGGAGCCCCGCGUGGAGGGUGAGCCAAAGCCAUACCCUCUUGAAGCAACGCUCCAGGGGCAUCAGCGUUGGGUAUGGGACUGUGCCUUUAGCGCAGACUCGGCCUAUUUAGUCACUGCCUGCUCCGACCACUAUGCGCGAUUGUGGGAGGUGUCUAGCCAGGGGAUCAUCCGGCAGUAUAACGGGCACCACCGUGGUGCGGUAUGCGUGGCACUGAACGAUUAUUCCGAGACGCGAUGA